AUGGCAGACAGUAACAAAAAUGUUAUUUUAAAUUGUUUCAGUAAUAGUGUUAUUCAAAAAGAUAUACAACAAAAGGAAAUUGUAAUAGUGGAUACAUUAUUUUCAAUAGAUGGAAAAUAUUUAGUUGCAUCAAACAGUAUUGGUUGUAUCAAUAUUUGGAACUUGGACCUAUCUCUACAUCAAAAAGAAAACACCACUACCACAACGACAACAACAAACGACGAAAAUAAUAACCAUUUUGGACAGCCAUUUUUAGAUACACAAGAAAAGACUAUUGAUUCAUCAUUUACUGAUCUUUUUAAACCCAACGCAGUAUAUCAAGCCCACCCAUCUUUUACAGUUAUAAAUAAAUUACAUUUUUUUAAUGAAUCAAUUUUAAUGACUGCUGGUGAAAAUGACAUUAAAGUAUGGAAUUGGAGUAAAAUUGUAGAGCUUAUAGGUAAUUCUGGUGGUUGUAUUAAAAUAGAUCCAAAAUCAAUUUACUUGGCCUCAAUAGAAUCUCCCAGAGCCGAAGGAUAUGGGGGUAUACUUUCAGAAAAAGCUGAAAUUAAUUGUAUGGAUAGCCAAGGUUAUACUUUAUUUUUUGCAAGUGGAAAUAACAAUGCCUAUAGUUAUGACUUGGAGAAAAAAAAUAUUAUCGGUACCUUUAAAGGCCACACAGACUACUUGCAUACAAUCAAAUAUAACUCAACCUUUGAUAAUUUUUUAACAUCCUCUGAAGAUUCAACCGUCAGAAUAUGGGAUAACAGAUCAUCAAAAUGUGUAUCUAUUUUAAAUCCAUUUUAUAAAAUCUCAUUCGAUUUAAAGAACGAUAAUCAUAAUAAUAACAAUAGUAACAACAAUAAUAAUAAUAAUAAUAAUAAUAAUAUAACAAUGAUUGGAGAAGAGUUUUCUUAUGAUGACGACCCAAAACAAAGAUUAAAUAAAUUAUUAGAAAAUGAUAAUUUAGAUUUAGAUGACAGUAGUAAUGAUAAUAAAAAAAAUAAAAAACAAAAAACUCAAAUACCAAAUGACAAUGAUGUGUUUAAUUCAUAUCUUUCCAAUAUUACACCAAACUCAACUAAAAAAUCAAAAUCAGAAACAAACUUUAAUCAUUGGUGUGGUCCAUUGGAUUUAGACGAAACUGGUAAUUGGUUAGCAGUGGGUGGAAGUACUUUAAGUUUAUGGUACUUGGGUCAAUUAAAUACUAUGGUCUCACAACUACCUGUAGAAGAGUCUACCUACUCAAUACUGUUCAAUAAAGAAAAAAUCAUAACGGCUGGUAGUGAUGGCUAUGUCAGCUACUUUGCUUUAGACGGUAGACCAUUAAUGAGAGUUCCUUCCUCUUCAAAAGUUUUGUAUUCACUAUCAUAUAAUCAAAAUAAAAAAAAUCAAAUUUUAGUUGCAGGUGGAACAUCUCCAUUUAUUAAUACUUUUAUAAAUAAUGAAAAUAUUGCAUUUUCAUAUUAUUUUGUAAACGAUGAUUAA